GCUUGUUAUCGUUUUGGUUUCGGUUGUCGCGUGUUUCGGCCGUCAUGGAUGAUGCUGACGAAGCGCGGGCUACCAUUGAAGUUGUGCUGCCUGUCAGCAGUAUCAACGCGUUCGUCGACAAGGCCCACGAGACGUCACGGUUGCUGCUCGAAGGAGAACGAGUCCUGGAGGCGGGGCACGUGUUUUCCUGCAGCGUUAAAAAGCUUGCAGGGGAUUGCUGCGCACUGGUAGGGUUCGUCCUGCAAACGUCAGCUUUGAGUUCAGACCCGCACGAGGUAGAGGUCACGCUGAACGGAAGGAACGUCGGCGACACAUCAUGCUCUUGCAAAGCUGGGAACUACAAGUGCAAGCAUCUUGUGGCCAUGCUGCUUCAUAUAAACGCGAGAAAGACAUUCAACGUUCUGUCGUCCACGGAUCUGCCACAGAAGUGGGGCAAAGGGCAAAAAAAAGCGGUCAGCGAGAAGUAUGCGCCAAGGAGGAUCGUGGACCUCCCUUGCCUUGAAAAGGUGAAGAGGGAUCCUGUUCCACUUCCCAGGGGUGAUCUCCUGGGACGGCUGCUGGAGGGACUGCCUUAUCGGUCAGCUGCUCAGAGGCACACUGAGGAAAUCCGCCCCCUUGAAAACGCAGCUGCCCCAGCCGCAAGCGGGGAGCCUCCUGCCCCCAGGCUGCCAACACUCACGCGGCUGAUUGCGACUACAACUUCGUCUAACCUCGGUGAAUUUGUAGAGGAGAUGAGGGCAACUUUCUCUGCUGAUGUUUGUGCAGCAAUCGAGGAGAGGACACGGCAACAAUCACAGUCUAACGACUGGUUGAUGCACAGAAUGGGUAUGGCAACAAGCACACGUUGCUAUUCUUUCAAAACAAAAGCAGAGAAGCUGAAGAAGGAGCCCAUGCCACACAACCUGGGGCCCAUACUGAACUCAGUUCUUUGCACAAGCACAUUUCAGUCGGCUGACAUGCGGCGCGGAAUCAUGAUGGAACCGGAUGCAAGAAAGAAAUACGCUCAGAUCCUUGAAUCACAGGGCCACACGUGCAUUGUCUCAAACAGAGGCUUGUUAGUUUGGGACCAGUUUCCCCUGAUGGGCUGUAGCCCAGAUGGGAUAGUUACAUUCACCUGUGAAUGCUGCGAGGGAAAGGAACGUGUUCUCGAGAUAAAGUGCCCUCGUCAGGUGGCGAAUGCAUUCUCAAAAGGCAAGCCAACGGCCCCCUUCUACACACAAAUCCAAGUACAGAUGGGGAUUACUAACAUUGCAGUUUGCGACUUUUUUGUUUAUGGGGGUGGUGAGAACUGGAGGGCACUUACUGUGCCCUUCGACGCUGCACACUUUAACAAGUGUGCAGCUGCUGUUUAUGAGGUGUACGAGAGAUAUCUCUUUGCAACCCUGAAGGGUUUGUCGGAAUACUACUCGUGGUAGUGGGUUAGUGAAUGGCAAGUGCAAUGCAAUUGUAUUUUGUGGUUGAAGUGAUUGACUUUCAUGUGAAAGCUGGAAGGCUGAGAUGUUUUUGCAAUUGUGAGUACUGCAUGCUUGGAAGCUGGUAAAUAAAA